AUGGAGAGUACCCCAGUCCAACACGUCUUAGACCAAGCUUAUGAUUAUGUGAUAGUUGGCGCAGGUACGAGUGGUUGUGUGAUAGCGAGUCGACUGUCGGAGGACCCGGGAACUACCGUCUUGCUGCUUGAAGCCGGAGGAGACGACCUAGAAUGGGAAGAGAUCGCCAUACCUGGCAGUUCAGGGUUGAUGCAGUGCUCUAAGUACGACUGGUCAUUCCGAGGAGUUUCACAAGAGAGUGCGUUUAAAGGUUUUGAAAACCAGGCCUCGACCAUUCCAAGAGGGAAAGUGCUCGGAGGGUCAAGCGCCAUCAAUUAUAACAUGCACAUGCGGGGAACCCCACACGACUAUGAUAUAUGGAAGAACAUGGGCUGUACAGGCUGGGGUUACGCAGACGUCCUUCCUUACUUCAUCAAAUCUGAGACAUGUCUUGUCAGUGAUCUUCUAGACGGUGGUUUUCGAGGCACCUCAGGACCAGUUAUCGUAACUGAAGCAAGGUUUUCACCCAUCGGAGAUAUCUUUGUCGACGGAGGCAAGGAAAUGGGCUAUAGGAAAACUGACUGCAAUGGACCAGAUCCUAUUGGAUUCAUGGUUGCUCAGUCUAAUAUUGGAGACGGCAUUCGGCAAAGUUCCUCAGAAGUUUACCUCCGAAAGGCUGCCACACGCCCCAAUUUGCACAUCGCUACCUAUGGUCAUGUGACAAAGAUUUUAAUCCAUAAUAAUAUUGCCCGAGGCGUAGAAUUUAUUCGCGGAAAUAAGCAGAGCAGUGUUCGAGCUAAACGUGAGGUGAUUCUGUGUGCUGGAACGAUCUGUACGCCACAAAUACUAAUGCUUUCUGGCAUUGGACAUCGAUACCACCUGCAGUCUCACAAGAUUGAUGUAAUUGCUGAUUUACCCGUUGGUGACAAUCUUCAAGAUCAUAAUACUUUUUUUGGGCUGGAGUUUGAAAUUGACAAACCUUAUGCUGCAAUGAUGUCCUCGCCAGAGUCAAAGGAUUUGUACGACCGUCUUCGCAUAGGUCCUAUUGCGACAAAUAUCCUCGAGGCGACCGCCCUUGUGCGCUCCGACCUUCAGGAGCCUGGAAACCCCAACCCUGAUCUUCACCUUGUCCUGAUAAGUGGGAUGCUGGGAGCAGUAGAAAACUCAUCUUUCCAAAGGAAUACAGCCAUGAAAGGCGAGUUUUGGGAUGCAAUGUUUGCUGGGAAUGUGGGGAAGCAUGGGUUUAAUAUUAACCCCUCCGUGACACAUCCCCGAAGUAGAGGAAAUAUUAGACUCCAAAGUGCGGAUCCUUUCCAGCAUCCUCUGAUUGAUCACCAAACCUUAACCCAUGAACAAGAUAUCAAAACGUUGAUCGAAGGUGUGAAGUUUAUCCUCUCGCUGACCGACACCAAGCCGUUCAGGUCUGUUGGAGCAAGAUGGACCGGUCGAGUGCUUCCAGGAUACCAGAAGACACCAUUCACGGACGAGUAUUGGGAGGAAGUGAUCCGCACACUGACACACUACACUUAUCACCCCGCUGGUACGUGUAAGAUGGGCAGACCGGACGACCCCACAGCCGUUGUAGACCCAAAACUAAGGGUGAAGGGUGUGGACAAGUUGCGAGUGGCAGAUGCCUCCAUUAUGCCGGAAAUCACCUCCGCUAAUCUCAAUGCCCCAUGCGUGAUGAUUGGAGAGAAGGCGGCGGACUUAAUCCGAGGACGAACGAUCUCUCCCAAGCUGUAG